AUGAACGAGAGGCCCGUAUACGAGAGGACUCUGACAGAGUCCCAGCUGCUGGCGCAGUUAUCGAGCGAGAUCGCGAAUCUCGUUCGGUCUGCUUCGGGGACUCAACAGCUACACGCGCUUGCGCUUGGCGCAUUACAACCACAUUGUACAGAAAGCGUGUUCAGGCUUUAUGAACCGAUCGUCGUCGACCUUGCAUCUCGGUGGCUUCGAUCGGAUCUCCAUGCCGAGUCUAUCCAGGUCCUUGCGGCAUUCGCUCGCAUCCUACCGUUUGCGACACACCUACGAUCCUUUGCUAGCCAACAUGCCUUGUCCCAGGCAGGAGCUUUGUCGGCUCUGGCUGGAACAAAGGAACUCACCCUGCGACAGUUGGAUACGCUUGACACCCGUAUCUUGCUAUUAGCACUAUUCCGACUUCUCUCCUUUGAUUUGGAGACCUUCUCCAAAGCCGUAUCGCCGAUCCAACUUCAAUCUCUAUUCCCCCACGAUGACCAAGUUGUCAGAUACCUCGCCGUCCGAUGCUUCGCCCUAUACAUGCACGCGGCUGAUGCAGCUACUGAGAAGAUGAUCCGCGUCAACACCGGUGAUGACCCAAUCGAAGGAGAUUGGGAGGGAAUCACCAUUGAUUACCGCCUUCUGGGACUCUGGGAAGAAAGACGAUGGGAUGUUCUCGGGAAGCACAUAGAAACACGAAGAUCUUCAAGGUCAGAGAUUGAGACCAUGGAGUUGAUCGAUAGGACAAGAGAAUUCUUUACCGCGAGGUCCGCGGAUAUUUGUGGUGUCUUAAUUCCUCGACUGAAGGAUGCCCGGCCGUCCCCCUCCUCCAUUGUCAAAACCACAACCGCGACGGAGAACUUGCGUCGUAUUGCUAGAUCUCUUCUGGGUUACAAGCCUAUCUUACUCGUUGGAUUGCCUAACGCAGGAAAGACCACUUUGAUCAAUGACAUCGCUGCCACUAUGGGCCAGGCGGAAACCAUGGUCACCUUGCAUCUGAACGAACAGACAGAUGCCAAGAGUCUGCUCGGCAUGUAUGCCACCUCGUCUGCAACAGGCUCCUUCUCGUGGCAGCCUGGUGUGUUGACGAAGGCCGCGAGAGAAGGCCGUUGGUUAUUAAUUGAGGAUCUUGAUCGCGCUCCCUCUGAAGUAAUUGGUCUUAUUCUUCCCAUCAUCGAGAGGGGGAGUUGA